GUGCGGACUGGGUUUGUGCGCGGUGCACGACAACCUGUACGCCUUCGGAGGCUGGAUCGGAUCGGAAAUCGGCAACACGAUAGAAAUGUUCAAUCCCGACGUGAACCGGUGGCAGCAGCACGGCAAGAUGCCUUGCUCGCGCUUCGCGAUGGGUCUGGUAAAAUCGGGCAGGAUUCCGAGCUUGGUCUACGUCGUCGGGGGAGCAAACGAGUUUGGAAUCGAGCUGAACAGUGCGGAAUGUUACAAUCCCGUGACGAGAGAGUGGACCGACCUACCUCCGAUGCGGGUGCGGCGGAGCUUCGUGAACUGCGCCGUGAUGGAAGGGUACCUGUACGCGGUCGGCGGAUGGAACGAACACGACGGAACGCUGAGCAGCGUGGAACGAUACAGCAUCGACGAGGACGCGUGGGAGGACGUCGUGGACAUGGGAACGUCGCGCGCCGGCGCCUCCGUCGCCGCCGUCCACGGCUUCGUCUACGUGAUAGGAGGACGCAGCGUCGUCGAGGGAUACACCUUCCCGACGACGGUCGACACGGUCGAAUGCUUCGACCCGCACACGCGAUCCUGGCUCGACGUUCCGGCAAACCUCUCCGGCAGGUGCGAGGCCGGGGUCGCCGUCAUGUAGGGGGCGCCACGAUCGUGGCUCGAUGUCGUUGUGAUGUAGGGGGCGCCACACUUGUGGUUCGACGUCACCGUGAUGUAG